AAAUCACUGGUGCAUCCGCUUUAGACUGCCUCUUACGCUGCUGACUCACAGUUGGGACUAUUUUUCACAGAAGAAAUUCUGAUCCCUGAGGAAGGUUUGCCAGGCAACAUAGGAAGAUCAAGGAUGGAAAACAACAAGAGGCCCGAAGAAGUUGAUGGCGAGUCAAAAGACAAACCGGGAAACAAAGUGGCCCUGAUUACUGGCAUCAGCGGACAGGACGGAUCGUAUCUGGCGGAGUUUCUACUAGAGAAGGGAUACGAGGUCCACGGCAUACUUCGAAGGGCCUCAACGUUUAACACAGGUCGGAUUGUACAUCUCUACGGCAAUCCCCAUACCCACACAGAAUCCGGGAAUUUCCACCUGCACUACGGAGACAUGACUGACAGCACAUGCCUCAUGAAGGUCAUCGCUGAGGUCCGCCCUGACGAGGUCUACAACCUGGCCGCGCAGAGUCACGUGAAAGUCUCGUUUGAUCUCGCAGAAUACACCGCAAACGUUGAUGGUGUGGGCGUGCUACGAAUUUUGGAUGCCAUACGGGCAACGGGCCUCUCAGACACCACCAAGUUCUAUCAGGCAUCGUCUAGUGAGAUGUUUGGUUUGGUACAAGAGGUACCACAGAGAGAAACCACGCCAUUUUACCCCAGAUCCCCCUAUGGAGCAGCCAAGCUGUACGCUUACUGGGUUGUGGUGAACUACAGGGAAGCCUACGACAUGUUUGCCUGUAACGGUAUCCUCUUCAACCACGAGAGUCCGCGGAGGGGGGAAACGUUUGUCACCAGGAAGAUCACCCGAGGGGUGGCCAAAAUUCUGCUAGGUCAGCAAAACCACAUUACACUGGGGAACCUGGAUGCUAAAAGGGACUGGGGGCAUGCAAAGGACUAUGUCAAAGCCAUGUGGCUGAUGCUACAGCAUGAGAAACCAGAGGACUUUGUUAUAGCCACAGGAACGUCAUACAGCGUCAGGGAGUUUGUCGUUGCAUCAUUCAAGCAUAUCGGAGUAGAUAUCAUAUGGGAAGGUAACGGGCUGGAAGAGGUAGGCAAGGACAGAUCAACUGGCACCGUACGGGUCAGAGUCUCCAAGAGAUACUACAGGCCAGCAGAGGUGGAGUUCCUCCAAGGAGACAGCACAAAGGCCAGAAAAACACUCGGCUGGAAGCCGUCAGUUUCCUUUGAGGAUCUUGUUGCUGAGAUGGUGGAUGCUGAUAUUGAGUUCAUGAAAGCAAAUCCUACUUCCUGAUGCAAAUUUAGGAUUAAGUCAUCCUGGUCUUAAAGCUAAAUAUGAUUGUAGUUUACAAAUAGGGGAUCAGUAUGAUUCAUCACUUUACGAACUCAGAUAAGGUUAGGGUCAGCGGUAAGGGUUUAAGUGUGGUGCUGAGUUUGUCUGAUUAGCCAUGUGCUGACCUGGUAAAGGGCUGAAGCGUCUGACAUACAGUUGUACUGUAUAGUCUUUUAUUGGAAAAUAGGUUUUGCUUAAUUCCCUAUCAAUGUUUGUCCGACCAGCAUACAGUAUGUACAUAGCAGUGUACUUUCUUAGAAAUCAGGCAAAGAUGCUACCAUCCAUUUUAAGGUGUAAUUUUUUUUUUUCUUUUGAAUUGUGGUGUGAGCAAAGAAGACAGGAUAAUGUCCCACAUCUCUAUCUGGAUUUUGUCAAAGUGCAAUGUAAAGAAUUACAUUCUAGUUAAGUUAAAAGGCCAACAACUGUCUGAAGACUCCACUAUGGCCAUAGUAGUUGCAUUUUUGUAUGGUGCUUAAAUCUGCCAUGCUUGUCAUUCAAAUUAACCCAGUCACAAAAGUGAAUUGAAAAGUGUUACUGAUGAUGCAUUGUUUCUAUUAAGUAUAAGACCUUUGAGAGAAUUAGAGAAUUGUAGAUUGCUCAUUCAAAUACAUCUUGUAAAUUAUCAA